AAUCAAGGUUUCUCAUAAACAACAUAAGUUUUCACAAAAAGUUCAACUUAGACAAGAAAGAUUGCAUUUUUCCCGUGCUACCUGGAAAUGGCAGCCCUCAGCUAUUAUUUCCUCGUUUCACUGAUAGUGGCAGUAUCCUUCACAAACCUCCACGCCGUUGAAGCAGCACGUAGCCUAUUACAAACCAUGCCUACUAUGCCUAAUCUCCCACCGCUGCCUAAGGCCACACUGCCGCCACUGCCCACCCUGCCAAACCUUCCCUCAGCCACAUUACCGCCUUUGCCUGCCACUCCAUUGCCUACACAGCCAACUGUUCCAUCUCUGCCAAAGCCCACAUUUCCACCAAUGCCAACCACUAUUCCAUCAUUGCCUAUGGUGCCAAAGAUGAGUCUCCCACCGCUGCCUGCCACCAUGCCCAACAUCCCCACCACCUUGCCUACAAUUCCUUUCCUUUCACCACCUCCUGCCGCAAACAGUCCAUGAACUGAAGUAAUGAAGGCUAUCCGGUAUUUACUUGGGAUGUUACUUGUGAGGAGUUUUUCGUUCUAAUAGAGGCAGUUUAUGAUAUUCUUACUUCAUGUUUCUUGGGAGGGAUUCUGUCACACGUAUUGUAUUUUUCAUUUAUUUAUAUGUUAUCACAUUCGUAUUGUAAUGUACUUAAUUUAUGGUGAAUGCCUUUUCAUUCGGCUGA